GAGGCGCGGCCCCGCCAGCCCCGGCCAUGGCGCCGCCGCCCGCAGCGCUCUGCCUGUUCGACGUGGAUGGCACCCUCACGGCUCCGCGGCAGAAAAUCUCGGCGGAGAUGGCGGCGUUCGUGCAGCGGCUGCGGCAGAAGGUGAAGGUGGGAGUGGUGGGCGGCUCGGACUUGGCCAAGAUCCGCGAGCAGCUGGGCGAGGACGUGAUUGAAAAAUAUGAUUACGUGUUCCCAGAAAACGGCCUGGUAGCAUACAAAGAUGGGAAGUUCUUGAGCAAGCAGAGCAUUCAGGGCCACCUGGGUGAGGACAUCCUUCAAGAUAUCAUCAACUACUGCCUGAGUUACAUUGCAAAGAUUAAACUGCCAAAGAAGAGAGGCACCUUCAUUGAGUUCCGAAACGGGAUGUUAAAUGUGUCCCCCAUUGGAAGAAGCUGCAGCCAGGAAGAAAGACUUGAGUUCUGUGAAUUUGAUAAAAAGGAGCAUAUAAGAGAGAAAUUUGUAGCUGAUCUACAAAGAGAAUUUGCAGGCAAAGGCCUCACAUUUUCUAUAGGAGGGCAGAUAAGCAUCGAUGUGUUCCCAAAUGGCUGGGAUAAAAGGUACUGCUUAGGAAUUGUUGCCAAGGAUGGAUACAAGACUAUUUAUUUCUUCGGAGACAAGACCAUGCCAGGAGGGAAUGACUAUGAAAUUUUCACAGACUCCAGAACAGAAGGCCACAGUGUCACAUCCCCACAGGAUACAAGGAGAAUCUGUGAAGAGCUAUUUUUUAAAUAAAAGACUUGAAGAAUUCACAAUUCCAAGACGGUUCAAACUUGAAACAUCAUCUUCCUUCUGUAUUAUUUUUUUGUAAUUGGUCAUGAAUAACAGGUGCUUUGCAGUCAUUAGUGAAGGGAAAUAUUUUAAUUGAAGACCCCUUGCUGACUGGGGGAACACAGCAGAGCUCAUUUAACACCAUCCUUUCAGCUUCCAAUCACAGAAAUUGUUUUCUUUUUAUUUGAUUGUGGGGUUUGGGUUGGGUUAUAUUUUGGUUUUUAAGAUACCUGUAAACUUCCUUAACUAAUUAAUUAUAAUUCAGGGAGGGAAGGGGAAGCAUAACCUGCCUCUAGUUGAUUCACAGUCUCGAAAUUUGCCUCCAAGGCUUAAUCCCUGUUUUUUUAUCUUGAGGCUGUUUUUUAAAAGAUGCAGUUAUUUUUUUUAAAUACUUACCUUGUGCUAAAUGAAUUAACUUGAAUUAUAAGACAAGUUGGGAUUUUCUUGUCUAAAACUGGAAGAUGAGUAGAAGGGAAAGGUUUUAUUUCUUCCUUGGGUUGGGAAGAUGGUACUGAACCAGAAGUCCCUGACUGCCAUCCCUGGGAAUGCUGGACCAGCUGGUGCCAAAGUUCCCUCCUCAGGGAGGGAUGGAUGUGGUGCCAAGGCACAGUCAGGUCAUGGUACCUACACCCUUUGCAUACCAAAUCUAAAAAAAAAAAAUUGGUAACAAUUAUUUAAAAUAACUUCAGCACAUUAGGAAAAUAUAUUUCUGUCACUUUGUGAUCAUUUUCUGAGAUUCCUGGUUAAGGGUAGGUGAGAUUUUUUGCACUACAAAAAUUACCUAAAUUAUGUUUCUAUUAAAAUUCAAGUCAAUGCCUGACACUCUGUGUAACUGUUAAUAUUACUUUUCUCAUCUGGUAUUAGGAAAGUAAUCUUGAGUAUAAACGGUUUGAUUUAGUAAAGGGGAAUAAAAUCUGAUUUUAUCAUGAAAAAAUACUGUUUCAGUUUUUAUCUUGGUAAAUAAAAUACUUAAAGCAAACCUGUUGCAUGCUGCCUUCUGUAGAAAGAAAUGAGUAAUUUGAAUCUUGCCUGUUCCAUGGGAUACUUGCACAGUAAAAAGGCAGAGAAUAGAAUCUUUGUGUACCACCCAAAAUCCCUAAAAGAGCUUACAAAAAAAAGGGGGGGAGCUGCAAUGCACCUCAGGCACCAAAACUGUUUUGUCUUCUAGCACACCUCCCCUAGCUCAUUCCUGCUUUAAUGGGGGCUGACAGGAGCAGAGCCAUUCCUGGUGCAGGAGUGCUCUUCAGGGACAGACUGCACGAGCUGCUGGGCUGUGUGUGCUCCAUGGCCUGCACCUGAUGACUUGGUUAUUUCACUGCAGGGCUGCCUGCUCUACUGGCACAAAGUUACUGGGGCAAAAUACCCUGUGCAGGAUCAAAGCCAGGUUUGUUCUCAGCCCCAUACACAACAUUUCUGGCUGCUCUGUCUUGGGAGCCUCCUCUGACAUGUCCUGGCCUUACUCUGGUAACUGCAGUCAGUGGAUGUGAAAACAUUUCCUUAAACUUUUAAAUGUCACCAGCCAGGGGUCCGUGUGCAGGCACUUGCACUCCUUCAAAGCUGAUCCUCUUCAGCACCAGCUACCCAGGGAGCAGACUGGAAACACAUUAAAGCACUGAAAUGGUUUCAUUUAUUGUAAAGAAAGCAGGGGCUGAUAUUCCAACAAGCUGCACAGUGAUAAACCCACCGCUACCAAGGCAUAUGGGUCAUAAAGAACAAAACCAAACCCAAACCCCACGACACCAUGGUGUAACACAGGUACAGCUAAGGGAAACAAGCCAGCACAGCAGUUCCUGACCCCACACCCCUGUGCUGUCACCACAUCACACCUGGGAACAGACCAGCUGCUGUGAAAGGCUCAGGACACGUCCUGACAGUGAGCACCUCUUGGUGAAGCUCCAAACACACAACUGAAGCUACACUGUUCUAUACAACUAACAAGAGUUGUGCCUUUUUUUUUUUUUUAUUUUUUUUUUUUAUUUGCAAAGUCAAUAAAAAUCCACUGUUAGGAACAUAACAGAGAAAAAUGCUUCACUUGGAAAAAAAAAAUAUGUGGAAGGCAAAUAGGAACAAAACCAAUUUAGCAGCAGCACUACAACAGCAUGAAGAGUCUGGGGAAGGGUGGCCCUAUCACAUCCUACCAAGCAAGUUUGCCAGGGAAACAGAUGCAGAAUCUACUUCAAGACAGCUGAGCCUGUUAACUCACACAGUAUUUAGUACACAGCACCUGGGCAGCACACUCCUGCUGUGCAGCAGUGCAGGGUCCUGCCUGCCCAGUGGCACACCAUGGCAGCCAGCUGUAUGCAGUCUAGAAGGCAAAUCUUCAGCCUUGUCAAAAUUCAGACACAGUCAGAGGCUAUGAAGUAUCCACUACAGCUCUACAGUAUUCUACCACUUACCUUGAAGCAAAUUCAAAUUUGGGAUGGAUUGUUUUGUUUGUUUUUUUGUUUGUUUGUUUUUAAUACUGGCCUAUAAAAUCUGUUGCUAAUCAACCAUCAAGGCACCUAAGUAAAUUCACAAACAA